GGCAGGGAAGGGCUGCCGCAGCCUUCGGGGCGGAGAGGGAGCUCGCUGAGCCCCGCUGGGAGCCAGGGAGGCCGAGGGGCGCGGGGACCCCCCCCCCCGGGACAGCAGGAUGGAGCCGCCGGCUCCUGAAAACCCCCGCUGGAAUCGUUCCCGUCGGGGGGGCUGGAGCUGCGCUGCCCGGGCUGAGCGAAGCUGCUUGUGAGGGGAGCCGGGGAAUUCCAGGAGCAGGCGGCAUUCCCUCCCUCCUUCCCUCCCUGCCAGGUCCCGCUCUGCCCCCCCCUUCCUGUCGUCACCCCGGGAAGCGUGUGGGACAGAGGGAUAUCAGUCCUGCCGCUCCAGGGGAUGCAAUAAACCGCCGGGAAUCCUGCCCUUCUGGCGGCAGAAGAUGCGGGCUGCUCCGCUCCAGGUGCUGCUGCUGCUGCGGGUGCUGUGCCUGGUCCCGGCGGGAGGGCAACCCAAGGCACCUCUGAGGUGCUCAACAGAGUGCAGCCAGUUUACGUCGGGGAUCGCGGCGAAGCGGAUCAGGAGCUACCGCAGGACCGAGCCCCUCUGCCCCAAGGCAGCUGUGAUAUUGAUUACUCUGAAGUCCCUGGAGAUCUGUGCAGAUCCAGAGGCAGACUGGGUGAAGAAGAUCAUAGAAAAACUUGACCAGAAGAAGGCUGCAGCCUCCCCGCUUCCACGUGCUGCCACCUCAGUGGCACCAGAAGAGCCUGGUGGUUUUCAGAAACAUGUUGGUCUUGCAACAGCUCCAUCUCAAGCCACUCCUUCAACUAGUUUCUUCCAAGGCACUGGCAGGUCCCCACCAGCCAUGGAGGACACCAUCCAGCAUUCUGCAGGAUCAUCCCCUGUGCCACGGGAAGGUGCUGCCCACUCUGAAGUCACUCCAGAAGCAAACAGAGAUUCCGUAAAAUCUCCUACACCUUCAACAACUUCUGCAGCAGGCAUGGUCUCCAGCCAGCCUGUCCCACAGCCCAUGGCUCCUGGGCAGGGCUUUGACAAUGCUGUAGGAUCUACAGAAGAACCUGAAGGACAUACCACAAAAGCUGACGUUCAGGAUCUGAGUUCUCCUGGCUCAAAUUCAGACUCCGUGGCCAUUCCUAAAGGAUCAGACCAUGUUGUACUUUCUACAAACAAAUGCCUGGAGCCUACAAGUGCAAGAGCCAACACACCAGACCCUGCUUCUAGCAGUUCUACUUCACACCUUCCCUCCAUCCUGGGCAGCAUGGAGAGCACAGUCCCAGCCACACCAGUUCCACCAGCGACUACAUCAGUUUCUGCUCUGAAGUCCACAACUGCUGUAGACACAGGUCGUUUUGUCCACAUCAGCAAGGUUGUCAGUUCCUCUGCAGUUCCUUUUGGUACUAGAACAUUUGAUUAUUCAUCACCUGUAGGAAAGCAAGAGCCUCCAGACCUGCUGGUUUUUACCAGCCAAGCGUUCUCAGGCCAAGCCGAUGAUUACAGACGGAAUGAGCAGACAAUUCCAGAAGGACAAAACAAUCUCCCUCCCCCCAGCUCCUUGUCAGCAUCUCAAAUGCACUUUGUCAUCCCAGUUGCUGUGGUAGGAGGCCUGAUGGCUUGUUGUGUUGCUGCUGCCUGGCUGUAUCUGAAGUUUGGAGUCAAAACAGAAGACAUGUCAGGAGAGAUGGUACGGGGCUUGCUCUACCACAGGGAGGGGCAGGAACACAAUGUCUAUCCAAUGGAAGUGAUCUGAGUGCUUUCUGGGGUGGAUAUUUUUGGCUUAAACUACACGUGUGUUGCUGCAGGAAAGCCAAGUUUGUGCUGAACUGGUGACCAGCAGAAAGCAAGGCAGGGAAGGAAAAUGCCAGAGAAAACUGGUUUUUUUUUGUGUUUUUUUUUUGCACAGCAAAAUGUCUACAAGAAAUAGAUAAUCAGUCGCUGACCAAUGGUGGCAUUUUGGAAAGAAAUGAGCUGAUUUUUUUUUUUUGCUUCUGGCACUAUGAUGUACCAAGGCUGCUCCUUGGUGGCUCUUUACCAGGUGGUGGGCAGAAGGGAACCUCCAACUCGCUGUGGGGAAUUUUGCUGGUUUCCUCAUGGCCCAGCUGAGAAGCCACCCACUUCCCCAUGCUGCUGCAGUGGGGCUCAGCCAUCCUGAGCCACCUGGACCCCAAAACCACACCCUUUGCACUUAGCAAACUCUGCUGCUUCUUCCUUUGCACUUCAGGUCAGUGCUCUGUUAGACCCAGAGGGCUGCUGGUGGUCAGCUGGGUGCUGGCUCUCCUCGGGCUGGUCAAGUCCUCCAUUUCCUCUUGCUGGAGACACAAGGGGCAGCCUGGCUUUUCAGACAGAGGUGACAAAACCCACAUCUGAUCAAUGGACUGAAGGUCAGUGCUACUGAUUCCACAUUCACAGGAGCUGGCAACCCCACAGUCUGUGUCCUGCACCCGUCUCAGACCACCUUUCUCUCCAACAGCUACGGGUGUUUCUUCUCGUGGGUUUGGUCUGAGACCUGGUUCUUGGCAACUCAACUGCAAUAAAACCCUUCUCCCAGCUGACAUGUCCAACAGCAGGGCAGGAUGAUGUGGAGAACCCUCUGCAAAUAUGGGGAACAAGAAGUAUUUUUGCUGUUCCCUUCACACCAUGGGAGAGGUUUUUCUGUUCUCUGCAAGCACAAACCAGGCAACACGUCUCUUGGAGGAGCUGAGUGCAAUUCUGGGUUUAGUCAUCUAGGAAUCACCCCAUCACAGCAGAUGUACCAUCCUUCUGGUCCCAUAUUCUCUCCAAGCAUGUUUGCUGAUCCUCAAAAAAGCACAAAAAGCCUGUUCAAGGUCCUGCAGUUUGGUUGUUCUUUGUUGCACGGCACUGAUCACCUGGCCAGUAAAGCACCAUUAACAGGCUCCGGCUUCUUUUAACCCAAACUGGUCUUGAUUUUGAGACAGUUGCUCUGUGUAAACCUCAUCUUCCAGCAGCGUGUGGUUCCUGAAAGCCCUUGUUCAACGUUGACUCCAGAAUGAAUUUUGCUGGAGCAUGCAAAGGUCUUCACUGUAUGAUGCUUUGUAGGUAGAGAUACAUCCCAAGGGUCAGAUCCUCCUCUAACCAAGCCCAAUGGAUCAGAUCCCAGAGCACAAAUAUGCAUGUAGAAAAAAAAAAAAAAGUAAAACCACAUAAAAAGCAAGAAACUUGAAGCAAAAAGGAUGGGCCAGCUGUGAGGAAGAGCUGUAGUAAGGUGACCCCCCAUCCCACCAUCCACCACGGAGGUGGAGGGGAGAGGCUGCAGUGGUGUUUGGUUUUUGCCAUCAUUCCAUCCCUUGUGUUUUGGAUGUUGUUGGUUUGAGUGAGAGGAGCCAGGGCUUCAUCUGGGGCUCUGCAAUCAGGUGAACUGUCAUCAGGAAUCUGGGCUGGAAGCCCUUGUGCAGCAGUCCUGUGCAGCCCAGCUGUGUCCCACCAGCUGGCGUUGAUCUACCUGGAGGGUUGGUGACCUCGUGGUUCACAAAGUGGUUUGUCAUGGCAUUAUUUUUGUAUGAAACACCAGAAAUGGUAUUUUUGUAGUAAAGUUUUGUAGCCGUUUG